AUGCGACUUAGAGCAAUUCAACGCUGCUGCUGGCAGUUGCUGUAUAUUAGCGCUUGGACGGCACAAUACGCAUAUGCCAAGGACGUACCGAAAUCUAGUUCGUUGAAGGAAGAACUGUUUGUAGACCGACGACCACCGCCGAGCGAGGAAGCCAUACACACGUUUAUCGCGCAGGAGUUGCCAUCAUUGCCGCUGGAUUUUAUGAAACGACAUCGCAACGAUAAUCUACGUCUCAACGACAGCUGUGCGCCAUAUGCCGAAUUGUUGCAAUUACAAUUUCACAACACUUAUUGGCAAGUACAUCGCACAGCUGUAAUGAAUAGCGCAGGUGUGGCGCUGGUGCGUAUACUCGCUACAACCAAUGUGAUUGAAAUCGACCACAAAGACUAUCCUCCCAGUUUUUGCCAGCUGUGGUAUGAAGAGCACAGUGUGCCGUUUAUUGUGCCGGUGCGCGAGUACCGUGAGAUCUGGUAUAAGGCAUGGGCUGAUAGUCCAGAGCUAUAUUUUCCCAAAUUCGUUGAGUCGGCGGAAGUGCAACAUUUAGUGCCGAAAACUGUUUCGUUAGUGGCGUCGGAGUGUGCACGCGCCACAAAUAAUCUGCGUGUGAUCUAUGAACCGCCCGUAAAUCAAGCACAGCAUGGCUUCGCGGUUUGUUCGACAGGGCUCUUUAAUCCAUAUCGCGAUAACUCGGUGCGUUUAGUUGAAUGGUUGGAGCUUUUACGGCUAUUGGGUGCCGAACAUGUGACGUUACCUACGUUCGGCAUACAUCCGAAUGCCACAAGAGUGCUGCGGCACUACGAAGCUGAAGGUUUUGUUUCAGCACCGGGUAUAUCACUAAUACGCGGCGAGCCAGCCUUGCCACAUUUUACAUAUGAGGCGAUAAAAGCUUGGUAUAGCAAUCAUUGCGUCAAUGAAUUGAUACCAUUAAACGAUUGCUUCUAUCGCAAUAUGUAUAAGUAUGAUUAUGUAGUUAUAGUUGAUGUGGAUGAGGUGAUCAUGCCCAUGGGCGCACACCGCAACUGGGCGGAAGUGGCGCAAACCGCUGAGACCAACGUGCGCGCCGACAAUUGUGCAGAUGGCGCGACGUCACUGUGCUUUCGUAAUGUCUAUUUUCCAGCUUAUCCCGAACGCAAGCCGCACAGCGAUGCCCCGCCACAUUAUAUGUACAUGUUGCAACAUGUAGCACGCGUGGCAGAGCAUUUAGAACCAGGUUUGGCUACAAAAUGCUUUCACAGUGCACGUUAUGUUACCGGUGUACAUAAUCACUAUGUAAUGCAUUGGGUAGCUGGUUGUGGCAUGCGAACCGUCAACGAGUCCAUAGGCCAAUUGCAACACUACCGUGAACCGGACAUACCCGAAACGCUAGAGAAUCCCGUCAUCGACGAUGUGAUAUGGCGCUAUAAGCAGCCGUUAGUGGAGAAAACGCAGGCUGUAUUGCGGCAACUGGGACUGCUGCGGUGGGUGCAGGUGCCUGAUACACCAGAGGCUGUAUUGGAAGAUAAACCAGUAGAAACCACAAACAGUCGAAAGAAAGACGAGGGAGUGUCGAAAGUAAAUGCAGCAGCAGCUGAACAUAUCGAACUUUGAUUUGAAGUUGAUUGAGUUUUGG